CGCCGUGCAGAAAAUAUGGCUGGAGCAUAACUUCACUGAUCUUUCAGGUAUGUCGAGACGAGUGGUAUUAAAACAACAACACGCUUUACAGUGUUUGGAAACGGCGUUUGGUUUUAUAUUUUUGAGAUCUAUCGCUACUACUCACAGACUGCCUCCUCACGCAGACGAAGCGUCACUUUAUGUCCACUGGCCCUAUUGCCUGAAAAGAUGCUCCUAUUGCAACUUCAACAAGUAUAUUCCUCGAAAUCAAAACCAUGCGGUCAUGACAGAAUGUCUGCAGAAAGAGACACAAACCUUACUGCAACUCAGUCAGGUCUCCCGGAUCAGCUCAGUGUUUUUUGGAGGAGGAACACCCAGCCUGGCUCAGCCCUCCACUAUCGCAGCUGUCUUAGAGACUGUCUCCAAACGUGCUCGCCUCUCAGAUGAUGCAGAGAUCACUUUGGAAGUGAACCCUACACCUGCUGGAAAAGCUAGUCUGAAGGACUUCACGUUAGCAGGAGUAAACCGAUUUUCUAUUGGAGUCCAGUCGCUGAAUGAUGCUCACCUGAGGAUACUAGGUAGGGAUCAUGAUUCCCAGCACGCUCUAUGGACAGUGUCAGAGGCCAGGACGCUCUGCCCGGGACGCGUGUCAGUGGAUGUCAUGUUUGCUCUUCCAGGCCAAAGUGUAAAGUCAUGGGAGAAUGAGCUGGAGAAUUUGCUGCCGGUUUGUGACGAUCAUAUUUCGCUGUAUCAGCUGACCUUGGAAAGGGGUACGCAGCUUUUUAAACAGGUCGACAGCGGUGAACUAAGCGUGCCUGGUGACGAUGUCACAGCUGUUAUGUACAAUUCAGCACGAGGAGUCUUGGAGAAGGCUGGGUUUCUUCAAUACGAGGUGUCCAACUUUGCCAAAGAUAAUGCUGUUAGUGAACACAAUAUUGGUUACUGGAGGGGACGCCAAUACAUCGGUGUAGGGCCAGGGGCGCAUGGACGUUUUGUGCUGCGUGCGGAGGGAGGAGUUCAGAGGGAAGCUCGAACCCAGACUUUAGAGCCAGACGUUUGGAUAAGAGAGGUUCAGCGUCACGGUCACGGGACACGCCGCCGAAUACAGCUCGACCACCGUGGCCUGCUGGAGGAGGUUUUGGUCAUGGGUCUGCGUAUGAAUCAAGGAAUCACCCAGCAGCACUGGGAGUUAUUUAGUCCAGAAGCUGAUCUUCAACAAAUAUUUGGGAUGUCAGAAAAUGUUCAGGAAUUGCAAGCAGCUGGACUUUUAAUACUAAAUGACAGGGGUUUGCGGUGUUCCUGGGAAGGGUUAGCACUACUAGACAGUAUCUUACCCACAAUGCUGCUUGAAUUAGAGAUGUUUUUCAAAAAGCAAUACACCAGCGGAAAGACAGACAUUCAGAGAGACAGAUGACAGUUUGCAUCAGAGAAAUAUGAGAAAGAGAUUGCAUAACGCAUAAUGAAAAUGGAGAAAUGUUUACUCCUGACGAAUGAACAUGGGUUAAUGACAUGACACUCUUUUGUUAUUUAUUAUUUUAUUGACAUAUACAGUAUGUUUAUUUUUAUGAUUAACUUUUUAUUUUUUGAAUUAAAAUGCAUUUUAAUAACUUAAAAUGACAGACUUCUCUUUAAUGACGUCUGAAGGGCUUCUCCAAUCAAUUAGUCCACUUUGCAACACUCACAACUCAAAAUCUAAUCAACAACUAUAAUUUUUUCUUCUUUGGCAUUAGAAGGUUAGUUCACCCAAAAAUCAAAACUCAUUUUGAGUCAUUAAUUACUCACCCUCAUGUCGUUCCAAACCCAUAAGACCUUCAUUCUUCUUCAGAACACAAAUUAAGUUGAAAUCCGAGAGCCUUCUGAGCCUGCAUAGACAGCAACACAACUGACAUGUUCAAGGCCCAGAAAGAUAGUGAGGACAUCGAUAAAAUAGUUCAUGUGACAUCAGUGGUUCAACCGUAAUUUAAUGAAGCUAUGUGAAUACAUUUUGUGCACAAAGAAUACAAAAAUAACCACUUUAUUCCGUGAUAUCUUCUUUUCUGUGCCAGUAUUUGAUGCACAUUCAACCUGUCUAUGCAGGGUCAGAAAGCUCCCUGACUUUAUCAAAAAUAUCUUAAUUUGUGUUCUGAAGAUGAACGAAGCUCUUAUGGGUUUGAAACGACAUGAGGGUAAAAAUAAUUAAUGACAGAAUUUUAAUUUUUGCUUAAACUAUUCCUUUAAUUUGUUUACAUUUGUUGCAUUUGUGAUGUAGGUUACAAUAUGGAAGACAAGAUAUGUACGUCCAUUUAAUUUUAAGUCCAUUUUUUACA